AUGCGUAUUUGGAAGCUCUUUCGAGAUCCAUUGCUCGUUUUUGCAAUAGCUGUGCCAUUAAAUGUCAUUUAUGGCGUUCUCGUGUACUUAUUCGGCCUUUCCUUCAAAUUCUACAAAAAGAAAAAGCGAUGGGAUAUCGGUUUUGAGUUGGGAGGGUUCCUUUUCGCAAAUUUUAUACCAACAAUCACAUCAUGGGUCCUUUUCGUCAGUCUUCUCGUCACUCCAUUUGCCAUCUAUUUCUCGGCGACCAAUGAUCGGCUAGCUUUUCCAAUUCGUCUCCUAUCCACCGCCGAGAGUCUCAUCCGUUUCUCGUGGGCCCUCAGCUCUAGUCUCUUUGAUUUCUAUACUUUCGGCAUCAUUCGAUUCGAACUCUCCCCUGAGAUCACCGAGAUUUUCCUCGACAUUUCUUUAAUCGCUCAAAUCAUUGGCCUUUUCGAGAUCUAUUUUGUGACAAAUAUGAACUUGAGAAAGCUGCGAAAAGCCGGCAAAGCCACGAGAGUCGAGACAUUGUUGAUGACGCAGAUGUUAUUCAACUCAUUUUUCAACUUUAUCGACACAAUUUUCCACUAUUCUGGCGCAAUUCUCAUCAAUUUAUUCCUUGGCCCAAAUUUGGCCCUUGUUUACGGGAUGACCAAAGCAUUCAAUCGAGCCUUUUUCUUUGCUUUGAUGGCUAGCUUUUUGAAUAUUCUCUUUCUCCGCAAACGAUCUGAGGAAUCGAGAAAAGAGACAAGUAAAAUGGUGACGAUCGUUACGGCU